AUGCCCAGCCUGGGAGUGCUGGGCAGCGCCCGCUCCGGGCUGGGACUGUUGCUGGGCACCGCCGCGGGCCUCGGAUUCCUGUACGCCCUUUACAGACAGCGGUGGAAACGGCCCCAGCGCCACGGCCAGAACCAGCUCCUGCCCAACUCACUGGACGUCACGCAGACUUCAGAGCCCAGACGCCAGGUGAGGCCGUUGCGCGCAGUCCCCGGUGAGGCUGGAGAUGCUGCGGUGCUGCCCAGCCUUCCAGGGGAAGGCCAGGAGAUGGUGCUGGACCGCCUGGACUUCGUGCUGACCAGCCUGGUGGCGCUGCGGCGGGAGGUGGAGGAGCUGAGGGGCAGCCUGCAGGGGCUUGCUGGGCAGAUCGUCGGGGAGUUCCGGUCCCACAUGGAAGCGAACCAGAGAGUGGCUCGGCGGCGAAGGUUCCCGUUUGCCCGGGAGAGGAGCGACUCCACCGGCUCCAGCUCCAUCUACUUCACAGCGACCUCGGGAGGCACGCUCACGGACGCGGAGAGCGAAGGCGGCUACACAACAGCUAAUGCCGAGUCUGACUAUGAGCGGGAUUCUGACAGGGAGAGUGAAGACGGGGAAGAUGAAGUGAGCUGUGAGACGGUGAAGAUGGGGAGAAAGGAUUCUCUGGACCUGGAGGCAGAGGCGGUUCCCAGAGCCCCGGAGGCUGCAGGCUCCCCUGGCCCGGAGGACGUGCUGCCCCUCCUGCUGCAGGCUGACGGGCUGCACCAGGGCGGUGAGCAGAGCAAGCGGGAGGGCUUCCAGCUGCUGCUCAACAACAAGCUGGCGUACGGAGGCCGGCAGGACUUCCUCUGGCGCCUGGCCCGGGCCUACAGCGACAUGUGUGAGCUCGCUGGGGAGGCGAGCGAGAAGAAGUCAUACGCUCAGGACGGAAAAGAAGAAGCAGAGGCCGCUCUGGCGAAGGGGGACGAGAAUGCUGACUGCCACCAAUGGUAUGCAGUGCUUUGUGGUCAGCUGGCUGAGCAUGAGGGCAUCCAGAAGCGCAUCCAGAGUGGCUUUAGCUUCAAGGAGCAUGUGGACAAAGCUCUGGCUCUCCAGCCAGAAAACCCUAUGGCUCACUUUCUCCUCGGCAGGUGGUGCUACCAGGUUGCUCACCUGAGCUGGCUAGAAAAAAAAACUGCGACAGCCUUAUCUGAAAGCCCCCUCAGUGCUACUGUGGAAGAGGCCCUGCAGAGCUUCCUAAAGGCUGAAGAACUACAGCCAGGAUUUUCCAAAGCAGGACGGGUAUAUAUUUCCAAGUGCUACAGAGAACUAGGGAAAAACUCUGAAGCUAGACAGUGGGUGAAGCUGGCUAUGGAGCUGCCAGAUGUCACUAGUGAGGAUUCAGCUUUCCAGAAGGACCUGGAAGAAUUGGAAGUCAUCUUAGGACACUAA